AUGAUCAUCGGCGCUUGAUAUAACAAUAAUAUCGUCCACAUAAACAAGAUGAACAUUGAGCCCGAACGCAGAGGCAGCAGGAGCCGAGCUUUGGAAAGGUCCUUGAGCUACUCAGAGGCUAUCCGAGGAGGAUCGGGAAGAUCAUCAAUAGAGAUCCCAAAUAUAGUCGACACGGAUGUUUACAGCAACGAAGAAUUAAAGAAGCAUUACCGAAUAUCCCAGACCUAUGUCGAAGGUAGAGAAAUAACAUUUCCCUCCACCAUCACCAAUGUUGACACAUCUCCGCAGGUCAACGUAAAUGCUAUCGCAUCAUCACAGUAUUCCAGUGAAGAUGAGACUACGGAUUCUGGUUUAGUAAUGACUAUAGAUGUUGAAGACACUACUAAGACAUCGGAAGUAACUAAGCCUUUGUCGGACGUGACUCAUACUGUUGUGAGUUCGAUCCCUAUUGAUAUUUAUGAUAGGAUUGAAGUUGCCGAAAGUAUUUUUGAUGGAAACGAUACGAUUGGACCAUCGGCCGCCGGGUAUGCUACGCCAUAUAGCAGACGGAAACGAAGUGGGAAGAGACGAAGGAGACCAGGUCGUCCCACGCGUUCCAGGAGAGCUGUCUACAAGAACGGAGAUGAGAAUGUACCGGUCCGGAGUAACAUACCCGCUAAGUCCAUCAAAUACAUGCGGGAUUUGGUGAAUACUGUCAUAAACAGCAAAUGGCGUUUCAUCAUAUUGCUGAUGAUCUGCGCUCAUUUCGUGUUCUGGUUCAUAUUCGCUGGUAUCUGGUACGCGGUGGCGACCUCUUACGCUGACGAUAUCGGGGACGGCAAAGAACACUGCGUCACCGGUACCUCGUCUUUUGCAGGUCUACUACUCAUGACCAUAGAGACACAGAUGACAAUCGGUUAUGGAUCGAGAUAUCCGAACGAAGAAUGUCCUGAGGCGAUCAUUAUCAUGGUCUUCGAGAUCGUAGCCGGGACUGCCUUAUCCGGGGGACUGUCGAGCUUACUAUUCACUAAACUGGUUCGACCAAAUCGACACGUGUCAUCGGUCGGCUUCAGCAAGAAGGCGACGGUAUGCCUCCGUGAUGGAGAAUUAUGCCUUCAGUUCAGGGUGUGGGACCUCCUCAACCUUCACAUGAUCGGCAGUACUAUUACGGCAUACAUUUUGAAGCCAGUCAGAACUUUGGAAGGCGAGUUAGUCCACAACUACAUUCAUCAGCUGAAGCUGAAAGAGGCCCGGGCGUUUCUCCUCUGGCCCAUAACUGUGGUCCACGUGAUCGACGCUGAGAGCCCGUUGUACGACUUCUCCGCGCAAGACAUGAUGGAUUACAGGUUCGAGAUUGUGGUCUCCUUAACCGGUUCUUCAAAGAACAUGGGAACGGUUACCCAGAGUCGCACAUCCUACUUGUCCAAAGAAAUUAUCUGGGGCUACAGAUUCAAGAAUGUUUUGAAGUAUUCGAAAGAAAAGGAAGCCUAUGCGAUUGACAUUGAAAACCUGGAUACGGUGGAACAAGUCGAGACGCCACUCUGCAGCGCCUGCCGUCUCAAGGAUUUCGAAGAUAACAUGAAAGACUCAAACACCCCAACCGUCUUGACCCAACAAAUGUCCAUUUCGCCAACAGACCUAUCUUUAAGCCAGGAGGACUCUUCCACAAUAUCUAAAAUCGGCGAUUCUCUGCCGUCAAGUCCAACUCUGAACAGAACUGCCACCCAGAGGAGCUUUGGAUGGAACUUUAGGAGAUUUUAUCCAGAGAAGUACGUUAAUUAUGGACAGGAACAAAAAGAGUUGAAUGUUUUGAAGCAACAGAUGUGACUGUGUCUGUUUUUGGUGUGAGUUGCCUGUCUCUUCGAAGAUUAGGUACACUGAUAUAAGCUGAUACCUCAGUUAAAUGUUUGCUCAUCCACACAGAUUCUGACUGCCUAGGGAUAAUUCAACAUACGUAAUGGGAGUGGAGUCUCAGAAAAAUUACGUUAAGAGUCUAACAUACUCUUACGCGCUGGGGUUCGGGAUAAAUAAAAUUUCACCAAAGUACAACUUAAAUA